AAUCAUUCAGCCGACGACCCUGACAGUGAGUCGCUCUGCCCUCAGCGGCCAUGAGGAGUCUUCAGGAAAUUCACAUCGAGAGUGCUUCGGUCAUGCCGCUCGCCUUCUACGACCUGAAGAAUGUGCAGACGGUGAGGAUCACCAGCAUGCCGCAGGAGACCGUCCGGGCUCAGAGCUUCAGCUUCGACUCGCCCACGCUGAAGGAGGUGCUGCUCUUCAACGACGCCCACGGUGGAAGGGACAGGCUCAGCCGGGCGCGUACCAAGGUUUCCCAAAGGGAUCUCGCCUCAGAGUCAUCGAAUCCGAGACGAUCGCCAAGGAAGUGUACAUCGGCGUGGUCACGGCGGAGGCAUCUUGGAUAUACCUGCAUUCGACUGCGACUGCCGCCUGGCCUGGCUGCGCUUGUCUCCGUGGGUGAAGCAGGCCCGUCCGCUGCCUCACAUUCAUCCCGACCUGGAGAGCACCCCGAGUCGUCCGACUACAGCGGCUGCCUUUAG